AUGGGUUUAGGGGAUAUAACUUGUUCUGAUUGUGAAACAAAAUUGGGUAAAGAAUACGAUAGAUUAAAAAAAGACGAAAACAAGGAAAUUAAAGAAAAAUUACAAACUGAGGAAGUAGAAAAAGAAUGGAAAUAUCUAGAAGAGGCUAAAAGGAGAGGAGUGAUUAAUUGCCUUUAUAAUUAUUUCAAAAAUACUCCCAAAAAAUUACAAGUUGUUUGUGAUUGGGACGAGGUAAUUCAACCACUUGAGCCCAAGGUAUAUUAUGAAUUAUCGGAGCGAGAGGGAACUUAUUAUGAUGCGCCUUGUCAUUCCAUUUACACCGAUAAAAGUAUGGUAAAAAGUUGUUUAAGCGAGAGUAAUAGUUUUGCUCUUGGUCUGAGAAGUGUCAAAGAUAAGAUUGACAAAAUAAAAAAUGAGCCUGAUUUUUACGAAUAUUCUCCCUUCCUUACUCUGGCCCAAGAAUUGUUAAAGUUAGUAAAAGAAAAUAAAGUAGAGGUGGUUUUCCUCUCUGCUUAUGAUAAAAGAGCUUUUUCGGAUGGAGACCCCCGCAAGAAGAAAAUAUUUAGUGAGACUUUUGGCAAGUUUCCCAAUUGUUCAUUAAAUCUAUUGGGCUUUGAUAGUGAAGGUCAAAGCCAAACCAAAGGUUCUCUCACCGUAAUUACUGGGGCGAUGUUUGCUGGCAAAACUAGUCUGCUAAUUGAAAAAUAUAAUCAGUUGAAAGAUUUCCGAAAGUGUUUGGUGUUUAAACCCUCUAUUGAUAAGAGAUAUGAUUCAAACAAUAUAGUUUCUCACCAAGGAGAAGGAAUUAGGGCCAUUUCCAUUACUAAUAUUGAAGAAAUAGAACAAUACAAAGAGCAAGCGGAAAGUAUUUUUAUCGAUGAAAUACAUUUUUUUAAACCUAAUGUAGUACCUUAUUUAGAAGAAUUAAUUAAACAGAAUAAAGAAAUAAUAGUAGCGGGAUUAGACUGA